AUGAUUUCUACUGUAGUGCAGUGUGUAUUGUUUUUAUUCGCCAUUUACUGUUACCAUGCGUGGCGCAAUCGACGCGCAUGGCAGUUGCUGAGCCAGCUACCUGGACCAAGGGACCUUCCUUUAAUCGGUUCCGCCUGCAUUGUGGCGAGUGCUAGAACCGGCUUCAUCUAUGCCGGACACGAAACAAGUGCAAUUACAAUUUCUAACACAUUGCUUCUUCUCGCUAUGCAUCCACACGUACAAGAGCGGGCUGUGGCUGAGAUACGGGAAAAUUGUGGUACUUUUGGUGAAGAUAUCAGUUAUGAGACGCUUCAGCAGCUCGUCUACCUAGAGAUGGUACUAAAAGAAUCUCUUCGGUUAUUCCCGAUCGCACCGAUCAUUGCUCGCCAAACAACUCAAGAAAUAGCUCUAGGAAAAUACAUUCUUCCCGUGGGUGUUGAUGUUUUCAUCAAUAUUUUCAGCAUUCAUCGCAAUUCCACAUACUGGGGAGAAGACGCCGAUCAAUUUCGGCCAGAACGGUUUGCUACAACUUACGAUCGAUCUGCGUAUUUGCCCUUUAGUGCGGGAAUGAGGAACUGUAUGGGUGGACAGUACGCGAUGAUUUCGAUGAAAAUAAUGCUAAUUAAGAUUCUUACAUCCUACCGACUGAAGACGGAUUUGAAGAUAAAUGAUUUGAGCAUGAAAUAUGUACUUACUAUGAAAAUUGGCAAUGGCUACAUGGUUCGAUUGACGCGUAGGUGA